AUGCCAAUCGAGUCUUUGGAGUUAGACCUGCAGAGCACGCCUGUGCUCGGCUCCAACUUCCAGGCUCCGAGGCGCUUCACGGUGCUGGAGGCUGUCGGCCAGGGCGCCUAUGGUGUAGUUUGCUCGGCAAAGGAUGAGCACACGGGGGACACGGUCGCGAUCAAGAAGAUCGAGAGUGCUUUCGAUGACAUCACCUUCGCCAAGCGGACUUUGCGGGAGCUCAAAAUCCUGCGGCAUCUGCGGCACGAAAACUUGAUCGACAUCAGGUACGUGUUCUUGCCUGGCCUCAAGUCUAGCUUCGAGGACAUUUACGUGGUGUCUGAACUCAUGGAGACGGACCUGGCUUCAAUUUUGAAGAGUCCCCAGCCACUUUCCGAUGAACAUUGCCAGUUUUUUAUAUACCAGAUUCUCCGCGGGCUGAAGUUCAUGCACUCAGCCGGCGUUAUACAUCGAGACCUGAAACCGCGGAACUUGCUGGUCAACAGCAACUGUGACCUGAAGAUCUGCGACUAUGGGUUGGCAAGGCUGGCGAUGAGCAACGGCGACUUCCGGCCGCUGACGGAGUAUGUGUGCACCCGGUGGUACCGGGCCCCCGAAGUCUUGUGCUCCUGGGCGGACUAUGGGCCGGCCAUUGACAUGUGGUCCUUAGGCUGCAUCUUUGCAGAGAUGUUAAGGCGUCGACCAUUGCUACCGGGCAAAAACACGCAGCACCAGCUGCAGCUGAUCAUUAGCAACUUGGGCUCCCCGGAUUCCGGUGCCUUGGGCAGGAUCAACAACGAGAAGUGCCGCAAGUUCAUCGAGUCCCUCCCUCGCACCCAGGGCCGUGCAGCUCUGUACGAGGCAGUAGGAGCGGUGCCCCCAUUGGUGAUGGAGCUGUUGGAUUCCACGCUCCAAUUCAAUCCCGACCACCGGGUGACUGUGGAACAAGCACUGGCCCUGCAGUACUUGGAGCAGCUGCACUGCCCGGAGGAUGAGCCCUCCAGUGCUGCCCUAGACCUUAGUGACUUUGAGUUCGAGCGCCGGAAGAUCGACUUGGCAGCCUUGCGCGAGGAGAUUUUCUUAGAGGCGCUUCGUUACCACCCUGAGGUGGAGCGGCGGUACAAGCAGGAACAGGCUGAGCUGGGCACCGCGUACGACAUUGCCACGUACCGGCUGCUUGCGCCGGGAGAGUCUCAGUACGAUGACGAGGCGACGUGA